AUGGCCAGCAGCGUCAUCGAGGACGCACGCGGUCUCGCAGAGGACCAGGACCUCUUUGAGCGCACCCUCGCCUCGCUCCUCGUCUCGCUCGACCUCCCGGCCCAGCCCCACCGCGACCGCCUCGCACGCUCGCACCGCGCACACGACCUCGCAAACCGCAUCGUGCACCGCAACCAGGCCCUCGCCGUCGCCCUCGCCCCGGACAACGACGACCGCCAGCGCGAGAUCGACGCCCUCUCUGGCGGUGGUCAACCGGGCCAGGACCUCGCAGAGUUCUACCAACGCCUCGCCAAGCUCAAGGACUACCACCGCAAGUACCCGGACCAGGGCCAGGCUCGCAUCGCCGGCGACCGCGACGUCGACUUCGGCGCCCUCGAGCACGGCGACCCAGAGUGGCUCGACAAGCGCUUCACCGGCGACGAGGGCCUCGGCCGCUACCUCGACCUGCACGAGCUCCACGACCAGUGGAACAACCUCGCCCCCGCGUCGAGCAGCGGCCAGGCGAGCGCAGGCGGCUGGCGCCGCUACUCGUACCUCCAGUACCUCGCCGCCCUCACCGACUUUAACCUCUCGCGCCAGCUCAAGGCCCAGCCCGCCUACGCCACCUACCUCACCGACCUCCUGUCGUACCUCUCGGGCUUCUACGAGCGCGUCCUCCCCCUCGGCGACCUCGACGCCGUCCUCGAGGCGGCAGAUGCCGCCUUUGCGCGGCGGUGGGACGCGGGCGAGGUGCUCGGGUGGGCGCAGCAGGCAGAAGGGACGGGGGAGGGCGAGGGCGACGACAAGAAGGCCGAGGGUGAGGGCAUCUGGUGCGCAGCCUGCCAAAGAUCCUUCUCGAAAGAGUCGGUCUACUCGGCGCACCUGACGGGCAAGAAGCACGUCAAGGCGGCCGCCAAGCUCCAGUUCGGCUCUGAAGCCCUCUCGGCGCACCCGACCGCGUCCUCCUCUUCCUCCACCGCCCCUCCCACCUCCUCGACCUCGUCCCUCGCCUCUCUCCGACACGCCAAGAACCGCGCGCUCGCCCUCAAGGAGGCCCUCAUCACGGCGCUCGUCUCGCCCGUCGCACCCGUGCUCGACGGCGCAGCAGCAGCAGCAGGAGCAGCACCAGGCGCGACCGCGCCCGGGCCGCUUGCGGGCAUCCUCGCCGACACGCAGGCCAACACGGAGCGGCGUGCGGCCCUGACGGACAAGGAGCGCGCGGCCGAGGCCGAGGAGCUCGAGGCGCGCGAGGCGGCCGAAGCGGCGGCGGCGGCCGCAGCGGCGUCGGCGUCGGGCAAGGGCGGUGCGGGCGCAGGUGACGGCGACGACGACGAGGACGACGAGGCGCGCAUCUACAACCCGCUCAAGCUGCCCUUGGGCUGGGACGGCAAGCCGAUCCCCUACUGGCUCUACAAGCUGCACGGGCUCGGCGUCGAGUACAAGUGCGAGAUCUGCUCCGACCACGUCUACCAGGGCCGCAAAAACUUUGAGCGCCACUUCCAGGAGUCGCGCCACGCGUUCGGCAUGCGCGCUCUCGGCUUGCCCAACACGAAGCACUUCCACGAGAUCACGCGCAUCGAGGACGCCAUCGCUCGUGCGUCCUCCCCUCCUCCUCCCCUCUCCCUCCUCGUUCUCUCGCUCCCGGCCUAUUCUCCUUUCCCUUCCUCCCGCGCACCCGCACAGUACCUGACCUACCUCUCUCGAUGUCACACAGUCGCCGAGAAGCUCAAGCAGGAGGGCCGCGCCGAGCUGAGCCACGCCGAGCUCACCGAGGAGCUCGAGGACGAAGAGGGCAACGUGUACAACCGCAAGACGUACGAGG